AACUACAUCCAGCUGAAGCUGGAUUUGGAGCGGGAGACUAUUGAGCUGGUGCACACAGAACCCACGGAUGUGGCCCAGCUGCCCUCGAGGGUCCCCCGAGAUGCCGCCCGAUACCACUUCUUCCUCUACAAGCACAGCCAUGAGGGUGACCCCCUUGAGUCCGUGGUGUUCAUCUACUCCAUGCCGGGCUACAAGUGCAGCAUCAAGGAGCGCAUGCUCUAUUCCAGCUGCAAGAGCCGCCUUCUGGACUCUGUGGAGCAGGACUUCCAGCUGGAGAUCUCCAAGAAGGGCCCCUGCUCCCGGGCCCUGCACCCUCUAUCUCUUUUGGUCCAGGCCUCUGCACUGGCCAUGACGCUGGCCCUGGGCACGCUGCCUGCAUUCCUGCCCUGUGAACUGAAGCCCCAAGGCCUGGUCAACUGCAACUGGCUCUUCCUGAAGUCCGUUCCCCACUUCUCCGCUGCAGCUCCCCGUGGCAACGUCACCAGCCUCACCCUUCGCUCCAACCGCAUCCACCACCUUCACGCCUCUGACUUCGCCCAGCUGCCCAAGCUGCGGCACCUCGAUCUCAAGUGGAACUGCCCACCCAUCGGCCUCAGCCCCAUGCACUACUCCUGCCACAUGACCAUCGAGCAGGGCACCUUCCUGGCUGUGCCCACCCUGGAGGAGCUGGACCUCAGCUACAACAGCAUCACGGCUGUGCCUGCCCUGCCCGGCUCCCUCAUGUCCCUGUCCCUCAGCCACACAAGCAUCCUGGUCCUCGACUCCACCGCCUUGGCCGGCCUGCAUGCCCUGCGCUUCCUGUUCAUGGACGGCAAUUGCUAUUAUAAGAACCCCUGCAGGCAGGCGUUGAGGGUGGCCCCGGGCGCCCUCCUUGGCCUUAGCAACCUCACCCAUCUGUCACUCAAGUAUAACAACCUCACUUCUGUGCCCAGAAACCUGCCCCCAAGCCUGGAGUACCUGCUGCUGUCCUUCAACCACAUCAUCAGCUUGGGCCCCGGGGACCUGGCCAACCUGACUGCCUUACGUGUACUGGACGUGGGUGGGAACUGCCGACGCUGCGACCACGCCCGCAACCCCUGCAGGGAGUGCCCCCGUGGCUUCCCCAAGCUACACAACGACACCUUUCGCCACCUGAGCCACCUCGAAGGCCUGGUGCUGAAGGACAGCUCCCUCUACAGCCUCAAGUCGGCUUGGUUCCGUGGGCUGAGCAACCUCACAGCGCUGGACCUGAGCGAGAACUUCCUGUACGACUGCAUCACCAAAACCAAGGCCUUCCAUGGCCUGACGCGCCUGCGCAAGCUCAACCUGUCCUUUAACUACCACAAGAAGGUGUCCUUCGCGCACCUGCUCCUGGCACCCUCCUUCGGGAGCCUGACUUCCCUGCAGGAUCUGGACAUGCACGGUAUCUUCUUCCGCUCGCUCAACAAGACCACGCUGCAGCCUCUGAUCGGCCUGCCCGUCCUCAGGCGUCUGCAUCUGCAGAUGAACUUCAUCGAGCAGGCUCAGCUGGGCAUCUUUGGGGCCUUCCCCAGCCUGAAGCUCGUGGACCUGUCUGGUAACCGCAUCAGCGGGCCCUGGGAGCUGGAGGCCAGCAGCAGGGGGGCAGAUGAUGGGCAAGAGGCCUGGCUGAGGUCUGGAGACCCCUCUCCAGGCCCACUGGAGCCCCUCCGCUCUGAGGGCUUCAUGCCUCGCUGCAGCAACUUCAACUUCACCUUGGACCUGUCGAGGAACAACCUGGGGACAGUGAAGCCUGAGAUGUUCACUCAGCUGUCGCACCUCGAGUGCCUGAGCCUGAGCCACAACAGCAUCGCGCAGACAGUCAACGGCUCGCAGUUCGUGCCCCUGACCAACCUGAGGGUGCUGGACCUGUCCUACAACAAACUGGACCUGUACUACGGGAGUUCGUUCACGGAGCUGCCGAAGCUGCAGGCCCUGGACCUCAGCUACAACAGCCAGCCCUUCAGCAUGCAGGGCAUCGGCCACAACCUCAGCUUCGUGGCCUUCCUGCCUGCCUUGCGCUACCUCAGUCUGGCGAACAACAACAUCGGCAGCCGAGUGUCCCAGAAGCUCUGCAGCAGCUCACUGUUGGCCUUGGACUUCAGCGGUAACACCCUGAGCCACAUGUGGGCGGAGGGAGAUCUCUACCUCCACUUCUUCAAAGACCUGAAGUACCUGGUGCACUUGGACCUAUCCCAGAAUCAUCUGCACACGCUCGUGUACCAAAACCUAGUCAACCUUCCCAGCAGCCUGCGGCUGCUUCGACUUCACGGCAAUCAUUUGGCCUUCUUUAACUGGAGCAACCUGGUCCUCCUGCCCAACCUGGAAGUGCUGGACCUCUCAGGAAACCAGCUGAAGGCCCUGAACAACAGCAGCCUGCCUGCUGGCACGAGGCUCCAGCGCCUGGAUGUCAGCCACAACAGCAUCAGCCUGGUGGCUCCUGGUUUCUUUGCUACAGCUACAGAGCUGCGUGAGCUCAACCUCAGCGCCAACGCCCUCACGACCGUGGAUCCCGCCUGGUUUGGGCCCUGGGCAGGUGUCCUGAGGGUACUGGACGUGAGCGCCAACCCCUUGCACUGCGCCUGUGGGGCAGUGUUCGUGGAGUUCCUGUUGGAGGUGCAGGACGCGGUCCCCGGUCUCCCGAGCCGUGUGCAGUGUGGCAGCCCCGGCCAGCUGCAGGGCCGCAGCAUCUUCUACCAGGAUCUGCGCCUCUGCUUGGACGAGGACCUGUCCUGGGACUGCUUUGGCCUGUCGCUGCUGAUGGUGGCCCUGGGGCUGGCUGUGCCCCUGCUGCACCAUCUCUGUGGCUGGGACCUCUGGUACUGCUUCCACCUGUGCCUGGCCUGGCUUCCCCGGCGGGGCCAGCAGCGGGGCGAGGACGCGGGCGCUCCACUUUAUGAUGCCUUUGUGGUCUUCGACAAGGCACAGGGCGCGGUGGCCGACUGGGUGUACAACGAGCUGCGGGCGCGGCUGGAGGAGCUCAGGGGGCGCAGAGCGCUGCGCCUGUGUCUGGAGGAGCGAGACUGGCUGCCCGGUAAGACCCUCUUCGAGAACCUGUGGACCUCGGUCUACUGCAGCCGCAAGACGCUGUUUGUGCUGGCCCACACCGACCGUGUCAGUGGCCUCCUGCGCGCCAGCUUCCUGCUGGCCCAGCAGCGCCUGCUGGAGGACCGCAAGGAUGUGGUGGUGCUGGUGAUCCUGCGCCCCGCCGCCCACCGCUCCCGCUACGUGAGGCUGCGCCAGCGCCUCUGCCGCCAGAGCGUCCUCUUCUGGCCCCACCAGCCCAGUGGCCAGGCCAACUUCUGGGCCCAACUGAGUGUGGCCUUGACCAGGGACAACAACCAGUUCUACAAUAAAAACUUCUGCCAGGGACCUACAGCUGAAUAG